AUGGUGCGCUUCCGCCGCCUGAAGCCGCAGUACGCCAGCGCCGCCGACGACCGCGCCGCAAAGCUGCGACUGUUCGACUUCCCGCUGAACCCGCAGCCGGGCGCCGCCUGCCGGGCCAUCGAGCUGCCCAGCGGAAAGCAGCACCCCGCGCCCGCCGCACCCCAGGCUGCGCCGCCCGCCGGCGCGCCCGCACUGCCACCGCUGCAGCUCUAUCAUGGGCCGGGCGUGGGCGCCAUGCGCUUUCCGCACGCCGACGCGGCGCCAGAGGAGUCCGCCGAGCAGCCACAGGGCGGCGCCGCCGCCGGCCUUGCCGUGCAGGCCGGCCGCAAGCGCAGCCGCAAGCCGCCCCACACCUCCUCCACCGCCGCAGCGCCUGAACGGCCGCCCCCCGCGCCUUCAGCGCCUGAACGGCCCCUCCCACUGGGCUUCACACAGUCCCGCGUGCUGCCCGGCGUGCAGCCGCGCAAGCGGCGCAAGCUGCUGCGCGGCAACGCGGCAAGGGGCAGGUUUGCGGCGCUCAAGGGAGUCCAGGUGCGCAUCCCAUCCGAGGUUCUGAACGUGGAGGACGCUGAGGACCUGCUGUUCAACGCGGUGGUGGUCGGCCGCGACAACACGCAUGCGGGCUGCCUGACAGUGCGCUUCAAGCACUGGAAGGAGCGCUUCUUCUUCCCCCUUGAGCAAAUCGAGGAGUGGAUCAUAGAGCAUGCGGAUGCGGACCCAGAUCGCGUGAAAGAAUUCGCCUCCUGGCCCAGCAACGAGGCGUCCCGCAACCGCGUGGUGCGGACCAACUACGGCCCGGCGAUCAGCGACGACACGGCCGUCGCCGACCGCCUCGCUGAGGCCGCGCGCGAGACCGACGAGUUCGCCAAUGUGCGGCGCCGCGGCGCGUUGAAGAAAGUGCGGGUGCCGGCGCAGGGGCCCGCGGCCGGCGGCGGCGGGGGGUAUGGGUUUGAAGAAGAGGGCUGGUCUGGCGGAGAGGAGGGGGCGGGGCUGGAGGAGGAGGGGUACGGGUAUGCCGACACGCCGGCCGAAGGCAGCGGCGCGGACGGGGACAGCGACGGCGGGAGCGAGGCGGAGGAGGAGGAGGAUGGGGAGGAGCCGGACUUGACGGCC